CAGGACUCCACCCUCAUCUUUCUGCUGGCCCCAAGAGCUGAGCGGUGAUGACAUGUGCCCCCAUCGAGGUGCUGCAGGUGACUGGUGGUCAGCCCAGGCCGAGACACUGCACCUGCCCCAGAGAACUGGCAGAAAUGGGCGUCGGGCUGAAUCCUAGGCAGUCGGUGGCCGCAAGGAGGAGAGGCCUCAGCUUCCGAAGCAGGGCUGAGACAGAGCAGCCGCGGAGAGUGUGAACAGACCCUCCUCCCCUUCCCGCCGGGCCCACCAUGGUCCAGAGGCUGUGGGUGAGCCGCCUGCUUCGGCAUCGGAAAGCCCAGCUCCUGCUGGUCAACUUGCUGACCUUCGGCCUGGAGGUGUGCCUGGCUGCUGGCAUCACUUACGUGCCACCCCUGCUGCUGGAGGUGGGGGUCGAGGAGAAGUUCAUGACCAUGGUGCUGGGCAUCGGUCCUGUGCUGGGUUUGGUCUCUGUCCCGCUCCUGGGCUCAGCCAGUGACCAAUGGCGUGGACGCUACGGCCGCCGGAGACCCUUCAUCUGGGCCCUGUCCCUGGGUGUCCUGCUGAGCCUCUUUCUCAUCCCAAGGGCUGGCCGGCUGGCAGGGCUGCUGUGCCCAGACACCAGACCCCUGGAAUUGGCCCUGUUGAUCGUGGGUGUGGGGCUGCUGGACUUCUGUGGGCAGGUGUGCUUCACCCCACUGGAGGCGCUGCUCUCUGACCUUUUCCGAGACCCGGACCACUGUCGCCAGGCCUUCUCCGUCUAUGCCUUCAUGAUCAGCCUCGGGGGCUGCCUGGGCUACCUCUUGCCCGCCAUUGACUGGGAUGCCAGCGUCCUGGCCCCCUACCUAGGCACCCAGGAAGAGUGUCUCUUUGGCUUGCUUACACUCAUCUUCCUCACCUGCAUGGUGGCCACUCUGUUUGUGGCGGAGGAGGCCGUGCUGGGUCCACCCGAGCCUGCAGAAGGGCUGUCAGCCCCCUCGGCGUUACCCCAUUGCUGCCCGUGCCGUGCCCGCCUGGCUUUCCGGAACCUGGGUGCCCUGUUUCCCCGCCUACACCAGCUCUGCUGCCGCAUGCCUCGUACCCUGCGCCGGCUCUUCGUGGCCGAGCUGUGCAGCUGGAUGGCGCUCAUGACCUUCACACUGUUUUACACGGACUUCGUGGGUGAGGGGCUGUACCAGGGUGUGCCCAGGGCCGAGCCAGGCACCGAGGCCCGGAGACACUAUGAUGAAGGCAUCCGCAUGGGCAGCCUGGGACUCUUCCUGCAGUGUGCCAUCUCCUUGGUCUUCUCCCUGGUCAUGGACCGGCUGGUGCAGCGCUUCGGCACUCGGGCAGUCUACCUGGCCAGUGUGGUGGCCUUUCCCGUGGCUGCCGGUGCCACGUGCCUGUCCCGCAGCGUGGCUGUAGUGACGGCCUCGGCCGCCCUCACCGGCUUCACCUUCUCAGCCUUGCAGAUCCUGCCUUACACCCUGGCCUCCCUCUACCACCGAGAGAAGCAGGUGUUCCUGCCCAAAUAUCGAGGGGAUGCUGGAGGUGGCAGCAGUGAGGACAGCCUGACCACCAGCUUCCUGCCGGGCCCCAAAUCGGGUGCUCCCUUCCCCAAUGGCCACGUGGGUGCUGGAGCCGGUGGCCUGCUACCAGCUCCGCCAGUGCUCUGUGGGGCCUCCGCCUGCGAUGUCUCCAUGCGAGUGGUGGUGGUAGAACCGAUCGAGGCCAGGGUCAUUCCUGGCCGAGGCAUCUGCCUGGACCUUGCCAUCCUGGACAGUGCCUUCCUGCUGUCCCAGGUGGCCCCGUCUCUGUUUAUGGGCUCCAUUGUCCAACUCAGCCAAACCGUCACUGCCUACAUGGUGUCGGCUGCAGGCUUGGGUCUGGUCGCUAUUUACUUCGCUACACAGGUAGUAUUUGACAAGAGCGACUUGGCCAAAUACUCGGUGUAGAAUGUCGGGACAUUCUGAGUGGAGGUCCUGCUUGACUGGGUCUCCACCCCCCAGGAGGGCUGCCAGGCUGGCCUUCAUUUCCAAUACUGCCAAAGUGGUGCAGCUCUCUGUUGCCACCCGGUGGCAGUGAGGUGUAUAGCUGCACAGAUGGGGACUGGGACUUCCCUUUUCUCCACUUCCUGAUCUCUAUGGCUGGCUGAACUAGCAGGUUCCCAAGUGGAUUUCAGUCUGGUCUUCUGCAGAGAGGCUAGAAAGGCAGGGCAUUUGAUUAGCUCCAUGCACUGGAAUGCAGGACUCUGCAGGUGGACUGCCUUGGCUGGGCAUUAACUUGAACAGCUAGCUCCUGGUUGAGACCCGCCUAGAGAAGGAAUUUGUGGGCAGGUGAAUAAACUUCCCCAUUGAUAAGCCCACAUUUCCUGCAGAUUCCGCCGCGUUUGUCCUUGCGACAGGAUUGGACAGGAUUUGCCUUUCUGCAGCUUCCCCUGCAUCCAGCCUUUUAUCAGGACCUGGCUUGUUGGUCUUUGGGUUGCCAUCAUGAGGACAUGGGCCUUUAAAUAUUUAACUUAUUUAUUUAACAAAGCAGAAGAAAAUCCAUUCCCAGCUCUUCUGGGUUGGUUUCUAGGAGCUGGGAAUGCUGGAUUCUCUCAUGGGGCUGACCAUUGCCAGAUGCCCUUCUCCGUGGAUAACAGGCUUGCCCCACACUUCCUAGCCCAAGGCCUAGGAUGCUCUAUUCCCACAUGCUGUUACCCAUGGCUGUGGUAUUAAGGGAGAAUGGAGGGGGUCCAGCAAGUCUCAGCAGCAUCUUUAGCCCCUUUUUUCCUCACAACCCAACCUGGCUUCACUGACUUCCCUCUUCUUCCUGGAGGUCCAGGCCCAAUGAAGUCACUGUCCCCCACUUCGUUAAGACCCCCCUUCACCCCCAUGGGCUCCAAUAUUCUCUUUGGGGCUAUUGCAGGACCAGAAGCACAAGUGUGAUUCCUCAAGCCUUUGUCCAUCUCAGUCCCCAGGGCACAUCUGGAAUCUACACAAACUCAGGAGCACCCCCUGCAAGAGCCAAGGAGCUCUUAGCUCUCAGGGGUUUAAGUGCCGUUUGCAAUAAUGUUAUGUCUUAUUUAUUUAGCCGAGUAAAUAUUUUAUACUUUACGUGAGCAAUCAGAGUCUAAUGUUUAUGGUGACGAAAUUAAAGGCUUCCUAUAUGUUUAAUGG